AUGUCCCUCGGCGCGGGCUCAGCCUCCGUCCUUGCCCUUGCCCUCGCCGUCCUCUUUGUCUCGCGCAGACUGCUCCGUCGCUCUGCUCGUGCGACGAAGGUCUCCAAGCGAGACGAACGCGUCCUCAUCCUCGGAGCGUCCAGCGGUAUCGGACGCGCGCUCGCACACGAGUAUGCACGCCGUGGCGCACGAGUAUGCGUCACUGCUCGCAGAACUGAUGAGCUGAAGAAGGUUGUCGAGGAGUGUAGCGCGUUGCAAGAGACUAGAGGUGCUUCCGCGAAGGAGACAAGAGCGCUGAGCGUUGCGGCAGACUUCACAAACGUAGAUGAAAUGGUCCAUCUGCGGGACGUACUGGAACGUGAUUGGAGCGGAGUCGACACUGUCAUCGUCUGCGCCGGCGUAAGUGCGCUGCGGCCGCUCAUGGAGGUCGCUGGCCUCGAGCGAGAUGGCCGGUCAUUCACGCCUUCACAAGCGACGGCGGAGGGCCUCAAACACACAGUAGACGUCGCACGCAAGGCUGUGAACGUCAACUACCUCGGGCCGCUUGUCUCUGCUGUCGCUCUACUCCCUCUCCUCCAGAACACCUCGCAAUCCCCCUCCAUCCUCCUCAUCUCCUCCCUCGCCGCCCUCGUCCCCGCGCCCACACGUACCCUCUACGGCUCCACCAAAGCCGCCUCCCUCAUGCUCUACCAGUCCCUCUCCAUCGAGCACCCCACCGUCGCCUUCACCUUCGCCGUCCCCGCCACCGUCCGCGGCGGCUUCCGCGCGUCCGCGGUCGACGGCGGGCCCGUGCGCGAGGCGAACCCGGAUACGCAUGGGUUGAGGCUGGAGGACGUCGCGGCACGUUGUGUCAGAGCCGUGGACGACGGCGAGAAGUUCGUGUGGAUGCCGUAUGUGUUUGGCAGGUUCGGGCAGCUGGGGUACUGGCUUGUCCCGAGGCUUGUGGAGAGGUUGGCGGGCAGGAAAUACAACUUCACUGCUUGA